AGCCUCUCCGCUGCUCCUCGGAGCGGGCCCCGCCCUCUGCCUGCUUCGCUGCCUGUCAGGGAAAGGCUCGGCCCGGCUUGGCCUGGCCUAGUUUGGCCGCCGCCGCCGCCGUCUGUAUCUCGAGCAGCAAGGAUAGAGGGCCUCCCCAAGUUAACCAGCGAGCCAGCGAGCCAGCGGCGUUGUCAUGGGAACCCGCGACGACGAGUACGACUACCUCUUCAAAGUUGUGCUAAUUGGAGACUCUGGGGUGGGGAAGAGCAAUCUCCUGUCCCGCUUCACCCGCAAUGAAUUCAACUUGGAAAGCAAAAGCACCAUAGGUGUGGAGUUUGCCACCCGAAGCAUUCAAGUAGAUGCGAAGACAAUAAAGGCGCAAAUCUGGGACACUGCGGGCCAGGAGCGAUACCGGGCCAUCACCUCCGCCUAUUACCGUGGGGCUGUUGGAGCACUCCUGGUUUAUGACAUUGCCAAGCAUCUGACGUAUGAGAAUGUGGAGCGCUGGCUGAAGGAGCUCCGGGAUCAUGCAGAUAACAACAUUGUCAUUAUGCUGGUGGGAAACAAGAGUGACUUGCGUCACUUGAGGGCUGUGCCCACGGAUGAGGCCCGCGCUUUUGCAGAAAAAAACAACCUCUCAUUCAUUGAAACUUCAGCACUUGACUCAACAAAUGUAGAAGAAGCCUUCAAGAACAUUCUUACAGAGAUCUACCGCAUUGUGUCACAGAAGCAGAUUGCAGACCGAUCUGCACAUGAUGAGUCUCCUGGCAACAAUGUAGUGGACAUCAGUGUGCCCCCCACCACCGACGGACAGAAAUCGAACAAACUCCAGUGUUGCCAGAAUCUGUGACCCCCCCCUGGGGGGGGCAGCCAAUUGCCUCACUCUGCCUGUGCUUCAGUUGGAAACUUGUGUGCACUUCUCCAGCAUCUGUCAUGUCAUCCAGUGACUUGUUUCGUUUCUUCCAUGUACUCCAUGUUCCUCCCAUCUUAGACCAUUGUCCAUAAGGCUAACAUCCCUUUACAUCUGAAUCCUUUUGAAUAUGAUUAUUUUGGCUUUGAAAGAUAAGCAUUUGAGCUGGCAAAUUAUUAUAAUGUUUUGUUUUUGAGUAUGAUUGAACAUCUGCUGGACAUUAAUAGUCCUGCAAUAUUUGUUAACUUAAUUUUCUUUUUCUCGUUUGAGUUUUGUAUUUGUGUGUUUUGCUUGUUGGGAAUGGGACGGAUAUAGAUAUUUUUGUUCAAGCAGCAGAAGGAAUCACUGCACUUGAGAGGUAAGGGAGGAGAGUUCAUUUCCAGUCAGGCACAAGAGAAAUUUUAAGCCAAGAAAUAUUUCUGGCUUGUUGGAAACAUGCCAUGAUCUUAGUUCUUGUUUGUGCCUGAAAUACGUGGAAGAAACCCUUUUACUAUCACUGGUUCUUUGUCUUCUCCCUUGCCUCUUUCGCCCCAUUCUAAUGCUGAGUUGGUCUCACUGUAUACUUUUCACUGCUUUUUGCCCAAGAAGUCUUUGCUCUCAUUUCUCCUCCCUCAGUUUCUGUUCUGGAAGAAAGAAGGGUAUCCCUGCACAUCAUUUCCAGCCCCCCUCAGCUUUUGGCAUGUGCAGGUCACAUGAAGUGGCUUCUAGUGCUUUUAUUUCUGGCUUUAUGUCAAUUGGUCUAACAAUGAAAUUCUAGUUUAAUGGCUUGAUUAGAGCCACUUUGUGAUCUGUGGAUAUUGCGCAUCUUCACCUGUGCACAGUAGAAAAAUCCUUCAGGUCUCUCCCAGGUUCUGUCUCUGCAUGUUGCUUUAUUGCCCAGUCUUUCUUGUCUGCCUACCCCCCCCCACACACACACACAGCCCCCCACACACCUUGGAAUGUGCGUGAAGCAAUAUUUUCAUGCCAUGUACAUAACUUGCACUGGUAAGGUUAUUUGAAUGAAUAGUUGUAGAAAACCAGAUCCUUGAUUAUGAUAACUUCCUUUUUGUAACACUUGAGCAUAACCAUAGCAUCUUAGGAUUUUUGUUAUUUCCUUAAAGGUCUGUAAAACAAAGCAAAUUCUCUGUGCUUCCACCAGCACUUCCCCCCACCCGCCAUGCUGCCUUGUUCAUGUCCUGCUUUCCCAAGGUUUUAUGUUUUUCUAAAUGAUUGUACUACUCAAUACAUGAUGUACAAGAAGCCUGACAUCAGCAGGGCUAAGCACCACCAAAACUUAAACAGUUGGCUGGAAGAAGGAUGAUUUGUCUUUGCAUCCUCUUUUAUGAAAUGUCUUAGUGGCAGGUGGAUCUCCUCACCUUUGACUGGUCUUUGUUGGGUUUUUGAAGCAUUGUGGGCUGGGGAUGCCUGAAUAGUGGUGAUGGAGCAGUUGGGGUUGGGGAGUCAGCUGUUUGCCCAAGAAUGCCACUCUGGGGUGAUUUUGAUGUCUGGUUUAUGGCUGCUGGAUUCUGCCCUGCUGGUAGGGUUGGCAUGUGGUAGUGGUCAUGGGGGUGGGGUGAACACUGCCUCUGUACCUGCUGCUCUCUUGGUUGUGUUAAAAUACUUAGACGUUACACAGUUUUCUCAUCGUUCUGAUUCUUGUCAGGCGUCUUGCACAACACAUGCACUUUCAACCAGCUGAGCAAGUUUAACCCCACCAACCCAGUGACUGCCUGUCCAUUGGGAAGUUUCUUAGGUCUGCUGAGGAACACCCCUGCUGGUAGGCUGAGGUGGUAGGAAACUGACGUCUUGCUGCUCGCCGAUCAGGUUCUGAACCAAAAGACAGCCUUUUUCUCUGGUAUUUGUGGCUGACUUUUGAAGACCUGGCUGCUGAGUCACAGUGCAUGUGAGAAAACAGAGGACUGUUCUGGAAUCUGGCCUCUCUGGUGGAAAAGAAUGAGAGUUCUUUUGCCCAAGCCACAGAGCCCUUGCAAGUCUCGGCCUGCAGAUGGGGGGGGGGGGGUCACUGUUUUUCUGAACCCUCUCAUGGAGUCAGCUUGGGAGCAUGGGAGGUUGAAUAUCUCGGGUUGCUCUGACCUUCCCAGUCAUGUCUGGUAGCCAGUGCCGUCUCUUUGGGCAGCUCCUUGUCUUGCUGUGUGAGGCAUUUCUAGCUGGCAAAAGAUUGUGGCAGUUGAUGUCUCAACAUUUUCCUUCUGCUGUUCCUUUCCGUUUGCUGUCCUUUGGCCUAGCCUGGCCUCAGUGCCAAUGCUGUCUUGCCUAAUGUGGCAGCUUUAGCAUAAUGGGCAGGGGCAAGUGACUGCCAUUUGGCUAUGCAUAUGGCAGAUGCAGCCUCACACACCUUGGGAGAAUUGGGUCCAGAGUGGCUUUGAGGCACCUUCAGCAUUAAGAGAAGGACCCAAGUUCACCAGCUCCUGCUAUCUCACAUCUGCGUGGCUAGGCUUGGCUCUUCACUUGAGAGUUAUAUAUUACGGGGGAAGAGAGGUAGUGUGCAAUUGAAGGAUUUCAAGUUUUUUGGACACUGAUUUCCACCUUACAUUGAACUUAACAGCCUUUUCACAAUAUGGGAGAAGACUCUCUGGACUGGUGAGUGGAUUGGCCUUUAACUGCAGCUUGGCUUUGCAUAAGACCAGGGUGUCCCACAGGGUGUACUUGAGUGCUCUGGAAAUACUUCCAUGCACUGUUAGAAUGGAAGGGACAAGAAGAUGGCAUUUCAAGAAAUGGUCACUUAAUGUCCUGAGCAGUUGCAUAAAGAGAGUGAGCUAAGCUACUUGUGAACACUACAUGUACCUCUGUAUUUUUUAAAAAAAUAAAACCCAUAACAGCACAUUUUCCUGCUGUGGGCAGUAGUCUUGUUUAAACUUAGUACAGGGGCCUAUAGUUGCUGCUGCACAUCUGUGUUUUGACUUGGCUUGAUUCUUCUGUUCUCUCCCAACCCCUUUCACAAAACUUGAAAAUUCUCUGUAGUGUAUUAUUCUUAUACUAGUGGAACCUCCAGGCCUAGAGAAAAGGGCAAAACCAAACCUGGAGGAAUAGGGAUGCUAAAAUGAUCCUUGGCUGCAGGAACAGACAUCCUGAAGUUCCUGUUCCACCAUGCCAAGAGAGAAAGGCUUGUAGAGAUGGGAUAUGAAACCUUUCCAGCACCCACAAGCAUUUCAAGGGAACAAAAUCACUGAAGAGGCCAAUGUAGGGUCUCUCACAUGGAGGCACAAAUAGAAGUUCUAACACAAGUGCCACAGGUUGUGGAGCAAACCUCCAGAAGAGCUAUAAAGCCCCUGCCUACCACAUUCCUACUGCUUACUCGCAUCAGUGCUAGGGCUAGUAAACCCUCUGCAAGUUGCAGGAUGCCUUUGGACUGAACCAUUGGCUUACUGGGGGAGGAGGUUCCCCCCUUGCUUUCUGCUGACUCUUCUGUUAAGUGCAAUUCCCCUUGUAAAUAUUCAUUUUGAUUUUUGUGCAUGGUUAUUAUGUACUGUGGAUAUAUAAAGAUUGCCAAACCACA